GAGCACUUAGUUGGCGAUUGUUGCCGCCGUAGCAAGACGUAUUCGACACACACAUAAGAUGGCAACGGCACGAACUUGCCGCACCGAUUCCGCCUGGAGCGACAAGCUGCAGGAGCUGCUGGCCUGGUUCGAGAGCAAUCCGAAUUUGCCCGAAAAGAUUGAGCCGAUUGUGAUGCUGCGCUUCCUCAAGUGCGUGCAGUACGAUGUGGAGAAGACCAAGCCGCUGGUGGAGCUCAAUUACAGCAUGCGGAAUAAGCAUGCGCAUCUGUUUAUCGACCGCAACAUGGAGGACGAGACGACGGCCAAAGGUUUACGAGUCUCUGACUUGCUGAUACUCCCGGGACUGACGCCAGAGGGGAACAAGCUGCUCUUUUUUCGCAUGGCUGACCUCGAUCCAAACACGCGCAAUUCUGUGGAGGAAACCAAAAUCUUUUUCAUGAUGAGCGACGCUCGCUUCACGAUGCCGGACGUUGAGCCGAAAGUGGGGGAGAGCGAGCUCAGCGAGCUAGACGACUCGGAUAUUGCGGAUGGAGACGUGCAGAUAGUCGACAUCGAGGGCUACACGCUUCGGCACUUGGCCUACAUCUCGAUCUUUGUGCUGCGCAUCUACAUGAAGUUCCUGCAGGAGGCAUAUCCCUCGCGACUUCGAGCCAUGCACGUGAUCAACUGCCCCUCCUAUCUGGAUCGCCUCAUCUCCAUGAUGUCGCCCUUCCUGCGCGAGGAAGUGCGGAAUAUGAUCCAUUACCACACCGAGGGCAUCGAGAGCCUGUACCGGCAAGUGCCGAAGGAUAUGUUGCCCGAGGAGUAUGGUGGCAAGGCUGGCACCAUCGCGGAGCUCAAGGCCAGGGGCAUACAGUCCAUCAAGGAGAAGAGCGGCUACCUGAGAGAUGAGCGUUACUGGAAGGUAACAUCGCUGAGCAAAAGUCGCUGGUCCUGGUUUUGACGGGAGGAGGACAGCUCGCUGCCAAGAGUUUGCACUCUUCCGGCCCCAUGUCGUGAUAUUCAAAUGUGAUCAAUGCGCGUUUCCAUUUUUGUUUUUUUGUGUACCUUACUCUCCCUCUCUGUGUUUAGAUGAAAUUAUAAUCCACUUUAAAUUUAA